AUGUCUCACGAGGAAGAUCUCAUCGACUACUCCGACGAGGAGAUCCAGACGACUGAUGCGCCCGCCAACGGCAGCGCAGCUGCAAGCAAGGGCGGCGUCACCGCCGGUGAUGCUGCAGGCGACAAGAAGGGCAGCUACGUCGGCAUCCACUCGACCGGUUUCCGCGACUUCUUGCUCAAGGACGAGCUCGUACGAGCAAUCACGGACUGUGGCUUCGAACAUCCUUCCGAGGUCCAGCAAGUUACCAUUCCCCAGGCCAUCCUAGGAAACGAUGUCCUCUGCCAGGCCAAGUCUGGUCUCGGAAAGACUGCCGUCUUCGUUCUCGCAACCCUUCAGCAGAUGGACGAGAAGCCCGAGCCCGGUACCGCCACUAUCCUGGUCAUGUGCCACACUCGCGAGUUGGCCUACCAGAUCCGCAACGAGUACAACCGCUUCGCCAAGUUCUUGCCUGACGUCAAGGUUGGUGUCUUCUACGGAGGAACUCCCGUUCAGAAGGACAUCGAGCUCCUUAGCAACAAGGACACUCACCCUCACAUCAUCGUCGGUACUCCCGGUCGUAUCAACGCCCUCGUCCGCGAUAGGCAUCUCCGCCUCGCCAACCUGAAGCACUUCGUCCUCGAUGAGUGCGACAAGAUGUUGGACCAGCCCGACAUGCGCAACGACGUUCAAGCCAUCUUCCGCGCUACACCCCAGCACAAGCAGGUGAUGAUGUUCUCCGCCACCCUCAACAAGGAGGUGCGCGUUGUUUGCAAGAAGUUCAUGCAGAACCCGCUCGAGAUCUACGUCGAUGACGAGAAGAAGUUGACGCUUCACGGUCUCCAGCAGUACUACAUGAAGCUUGACGAGAAGGAGAAGAACCGCAAGCUUAACGACCUUCUCGACAGCUUGGAGUUCAACCAGGUCAUCAUCUUCGUUCGCUCCACUCUGCGCUGCUCCGAGCUCGACAAGCUUCUCCGCGAGUGCAACUUCCCCAGCACUGCUGUUCACUCUGGCAUCAGCCAAGAAGAGCGUAUCAAGCGCUACAAGGAGUUCAAGGAGUUCCAGACCCGUAUCUGUGUCUCCACCGACAUCUUCGGUCGUGGUAUCGACGUCGAGCGCAUCAACGUGGCCAUCAACUACGACAUGCCCGACAAGGCCGAUGCCUACCUCCACCGCGUCGGUCGUGCCGGUCGUUUCGGAACCAAGGGUCUCAGUAUCUCGUUUGUGAGCAGCCCAGACGACGAGGCUGUCCUCAAGUCGAUCGAAGAGCGCUUCCAGGUCGAGCUUCCUGAGUUCCCCGAGGAUGGUAUCAACUCGUCCACCUACAUGGACAACUAA